AUUUUGACCCUCUGUCACCGUUAUCAUGUCGUCGAGCAGCGAUGAGCCAUCUACAUCGACUACUCCUCCAACGAAGAAGAAGAAACUGAACAUCAAUCAGACAAUUUUAGUUUCGGAGGAGAGUUCAUCAAUUGUUCAAUUGUACGUUAAGCUAGAGGACGGCACAUUCGAACCAGUAGAACAAUGUUCCCCUAUUAAGAAAGCAUCAACUCGAUUUAAAUGGGAAUCACACGUAGAAGUUGAUGAUGAUGAUGAAAACUGGACGCCACCUACACCAAAUACUAGAGCCAAAUGGGUUUUCGACGCUGUGAAAACCCAUCUGAAGUGGAUCGGAGCGGACAAAGACAUGAAAAGCUCGCCAGAAAUGAAAAAGUUGUUGCAAUCUGGAAAAACUUUGAUGGUCAACCUACCUGGCAAAAAAGAAGAUGAACAACAGAAGAUGCAAGUCACUUUCAAAGAUGGAAGGAUCAGUUAUGGGACAGGAGUGAUCUGCAAGGACGACUAUUGCUGGAAAGUUAGAAGUUUGGAGAAUUUUUGUGAUGAACAUGGAAACUGGAAUAAGACACAUUUUCUCAUACGCGAUACGAGCAACGUCACACCGACUUUUGCACUUCUGAGUACUCGUGGCAGCCACUCCCCUAAAACGAUCAUCACUUUAAAAGAAAUCCUGAAGUCCACCAAGGGAGCUAACCAGUUUUACGCAUUCUCGAAAUAUGAAGAACAACAAGGCAGGACCAACGAUGAUGGGCAGAGUCUUCCUUCACCAUGGGUCUUAGUCACUCCCCGUCCACUCCCCGUCCAUGGGUCACAACUGGUCAGAAACAGUCGACCCAAUUCCAAGAAAGUGUCCGAAUAGCUAUUUCGAUCCUGUUCUCUCUCUACAAUUCACGACAACCUGACGCUGACAAGCAUCACGUGUUGAUUGCUGACCAAGUUUUCAUCCGGAAUGCAAAAUGGCCUUUGGUCAAACAAUUACUCGAACAUUUCCGUGUUGGGAUACAAUUUGUGGGGGACUCUGAGCUUAGGGUCAGUACUGAGUCACCACUCAUGGAUGGGAUUGUUUUGGAUCGAGCAACGGGAAAGUCUUGGAUUUACAUGAAGAUGGGGACAAUUGGGCGUAUUCAUAUUGGCAUCAGAACUCAGAAAAAAAGCUCCAACGCCAAAACCAUUGCUGGAUACCACAAGACGGAUAUGGAUGGACCUGCUAUUUAUCAGUGUCAAGAUGACAGUUUGGAUAAGAAAAACGAGACCGAAAUGAUGGAAGGCGUUGGUCAAGUUGCAGUUUGUUUGUGUGAGAUGCUUGGUGGAGAAAUCGACGGGGCUCCCAUCAGAUGUGAUUUUCAGAAGAUUGAGAACAAGUCAGGAUGGAAGGAACGAUAUAUUGAAAUGUUAAUUAAAUUGGUUGGAUUAUUUAGUAGUCGGAUAAUUCAGAUAGAUAUUCCAGACAGCAUUGAUUUUAGUCUUUUUGAUUGGAAGCCUGUAAGAGAUUAUCUUCGGCCCUCAUUGUUCAAGUAGUUUGAUAUUUUUG